UGUUCACUGAGACAGAUUUCAGUGGUAUUACAGAAGAUUUGAUUAUAAUUGGACACAUUAUUCACUUAUAUAAAAACUGAAUUACAUCAUCCAUCAGUGUUUGAAAUCAUGUGUUGAAGAAUUACCUGGAUAUUUUAAGGUGACAGGUAUGCUAACACAAAAGCAGAAGCAGUUCCUGAUCUCACGGACCUUAUAAUUAACCAGAAGUGGUAGACAUUCAAAUAAUCACAAUGGCCUUGUGAACCAAUAAGAACACUCUGGUGGGUCUGGCUCAGUGUUCAGGCUGAAGGCUAUUUGAAGUCAUCCCAUCCUGGCCACAGAAUGUGAUGUAUAGAAAAAGUGGAAAUUUCAAAAUAUUAAAUCUUAGAGAAAUGGCUUUCAUUCAUUUGGAUAUCAGAUGUUUAUAUGCCAUUCUUAUUUGCACAGCAUUUGGCUCUACUUUGUCUUCAAACGCUGAAAUAAAAGUUAAUCCUCCUCAGGAUUUUGAGAUAUUGGAUCCUGGAUAUUUAGGCUAUCUCUAUUUGCAAUGGCAACCUUCAUUGUCUCUGGAAAAUUUCAAGGAAUGCACUGUAGAAUAUGAAUUAAAAUACCGAAAUAUUGAUAGUGAAAACUGGAAGACCAUCAUUACUAAGAAUCUAUGUUACAAAGACGGGUUUGAUCUUAACAAAGGCGUUGAAGCAAAGAUACACACACUUUUGCAAGGCCAGUGCACAAACGGAUCUACAGUUCAAAGUUCAUGGUCAGAAGCUACUUAUUCAAUAUCACCACAAGGAAAUCUGGAAACUAAAAUUCGGGAUAUGGAUUGUACAUAUUACAAUUGGCAAUAUUUAUUCUGCUCUUGGAAACUUGGCAUAGGUGUCCAUUUUGAUACUGAUUACAACUUGUUUUACUGGUAUGAGGACUUGGACCAUGCAUUACAGUGUGUUGAUUAUAUCAAGGGUAAUGGAAAAAAUAUUGGAUGCAGGUUUCCCUAUUUGGAGUCACCAGACUAUAAAGAUUUCUACAUCUGUGUUAAUGGAUCGUCAAAAUCCCAGCUUAUCAGACCUAGCUAUUUCAUUUUUCAGCUUCAAAAUAUAGUUAAACCUUCGCCACCAGACUAUCUUAGUAUUUCUGUGAAGUCAGAGGAAAUUAACCUGAAAUGGAGCAUGCCUAUAGGACCCAUUCCAGUGAAGUGUUUCAUUUAUGAAAUUGCGUUCACAGAAGAUGAUAGUACCUGGGUGACUACCACUUUUGAAAAUGAAAUGUACAUCACAAGAACAUCAAAUAAAAGCCAACAAUUGUGCUUUUUAGUGAGAAACAAAGUGAAUAUUUAUUGCUCAGAUGAUGGAAUUUGGAGUGAAUGGAGUGAUAAACAAUGCUGGAAAGGUGACAUUCGGAAGGAAACCUUGUUAUUUUUCUUGAUACCAUUUGCUUUUGUGUCAUUGUUUGUUUUGUUAAUAACUUGUCUGCUUUUGUAUAAUCAAAAGGCUUUACUGAAAAUGGUUUUUCAUACCAAAAAAGAAGUCUUUUCUCAUCAAGAGACACUCUUUUGACUCAAUAAUUCUGUCUUAUGGCCAAAUGUUAAAUAUGGG